AUGCCGUCAAGUGGUUUAGAGGAUAAUAUUUCGUUGACUAAAAGUGCUAACGAUACCUUAAUCAAAGUCCACAACAACAACAGCGGUGACCUCAAAUUAAAGCAAAAUGUACGGAAGGGUUGGAAUAUCAAAGCUUCAAAAAUCUCCUCUCUCUCACAUAAUCGCAUUCGCGCCAUUGUGGAAUCACUACAGAUCAAGCCGAAUCCCGAAAAGCCGAUGAUACCAUUAACAAUAGGCGAUCCGACGACAUUCGGUAACCUACGCGCUUCAGAAGCAACUAUCAAGGCCGUACAACGGUCGCUUGAAAGCGGUGAUUAUAACGGCUACGCACACUCACUGGGCCACGAAAAAGCGCGUCGUGCCAUCGCAAAAUACAGCGCUCACCAAAGCAUCGAUGAAAUAAAUUACGAGAAUGUUUUAAUAUGCAGCGGCUGCUCAUCGGCGCUGGAGUAUUGCAUUCUGGCGUUAUGCGAUAGAGGACAAAAUCUGCUCGUACCACGUCCUGGCUUUUGCCUGUACAAAACGCUAUCCGAUGGUUUGGACAUAGAGAUACGAUACUAUGAUUUGUUGCCAGAACGUCGGUGGGAGGCCGAUUUGCGUCAGCUGGAGAGCUUAAUUGAUGAUAAGACAGCCGCAUUGCUAAUAACUAAUCCGAGUAAUCCUUGUGGCAGCGUGUUUAGUCAGAAGCAUCUGGAGGAUAUGCUAGCUAUAUGCGAACGACACUAUUUGCCAGUUAUAGCGGAUGAGAUUUACGAACACUUGGUCUUUCCCGGUUCUAAAUUCAUUGCUAUUAGUCGUUUAUCCAAAAACGUACCGGUACUCACAUGCAGCGGCACUACAAAACGAUUCCUUGUACCUGGUUGGCGUAUGGGUUGGAUAGUGGUACACGAUCGUGAAGAACGUUUGCGUGAAGCGAUUGCAGGCUUGAAGAGCAUGUGCGGUCGCAUUUUAGGCUCGAAUACAAUCGUACAGGGAGCUCUACCCGAAAUUUUACAGAAGACACCAAAGAGUUUCUUCGAUGACGUGAUUAAUACAAUCUAUGCUAAUGCGCGUUUGUCAUAUCACUUGUUGAAGGCAGUACCCGGUCUUAAUCCAAUAAUGCCAGAGGGCGCCAUGUACAUGAUGAUUGGCAUAGAUGUAGAGCAUUUCCCUGGCAUCAAGAACGACACACAUUUCGUACAGGAAUUGGUGAAUGAGCAAAGUGUUUUUUGUCUGCCGGGUUCGUGCUUUGAUUGUCCAAAUUUUGUACGCAUAGUUCUAACUGUACCUGGAGACUUAAUGAACGAGGCAUGCAUGCGAAUAGCGGAAUUUUGUGAGAACCACUAUAGAAAUGAUGAUAGCAUUAAUGAAAAUGAAAUUUUAAAAUACAGCUAAAAUACUAA